CCCUUAAAUAAUCUGUCAGUUUGGGCUUGCUUCUAAACAAAAUCAGACGAGCUUUAACAAAAUUAUAAUUUUCAGAUAAAAAAGUCUGUAAAAAUCAGUUUUCUUUUAAUUGAAUUAAUCAUUUUUUUCUGGCAUUAUGGUGAAGCCAAGGAAGCGUCCUUUGCGGCUGAUGAAAACCGCCUUGGCCUUUCUGAAUAUCCUCUACAACGAUCGCUUCUGCUGGACCUUUAUCAAGAGCUAUGGACUCUUUGCUUUGGCCAUUCCGUUGGCCAAGCAAUUCGAUGGCUUCGAAAUAUUGCCCUCCAAUGUCUAACUUCUUUCACAAUAAAAAAGGACUUGCUGCUGCAUAUA